AUGGUAGCCACUGCUGCAACUUCUGCCUUUCUCCCAAUAGCUUCUUCAGCUUCAGAUGCCUCAUCAAAAACUCCUGGAACACUUGGAGGAAGCAUCCCCACAAGACUUGAUGGAACCGGGAUUAAACUGAAGUCCACUGCUUCCCGAAAGUUACAGGUUAAGGCCAAUGCACAUGCUCCUCCCAAGGUCAAUGGGACCAAGGUUGGAGUUAUGGAUGGCCUUAAGACUGAGGAUGAUGUGACAUCAUCUUCUCACCCGAGGACAUUCAUCAAUCAAUUGCCUGACUGGAGCAUGCUCCUUGCUGCAAUCACAACAAUAUUCCUGGCAGCUGAGAAGCAAUGGAUGAUGCUUGAUUGGAAACCAAGGCGGCCAGACAUGCUUGCUGACCCCUUUGGUUUGGGAAGGAUUGUGGAAGAUGGUAUGAUUUUUCGUCAAAACUUCAGUAUCAGGUCAUAUGAAAUAGGGGCUGAUCGUACUGCGUCUAUAGAGACUUUGAUGAACCAUUUGCAGGAAACAGCUCUUAACCAUGUAAAGACUGCAGGACUGUUGGGUGAUGGCUUUGGUUCAACUCCGGAGAUGUGCAAAAGGAAUUUAAUUUGGGUGGUUACCAAAAUGCAGGUUAUUGUAGAUCGGUAUCCUACUUGGGGUGAUGUCGUUCAGGUCGAUACUUGGGUAGCUGCAUCCGGGAAGAAUGGGAUGCGCCGAGACUGGCUUGUACGCGAUAGCAAUACUGGUGACAUAUUAACUAGAGCUUCAAGUCUAUGGGUGAUGAUGAAUAAAGAGACAAGGAGGUUGGCCAAAAUUCCAGAUGAGGUCAGGGAAGAAAUAGGAGGGUAUUUUGUGGAUUCUCUGCCUGUCGUGGAUGAGGAUAGCAGAAAGCUACCAAAACUGAAUGAUGACAAUGCAGAUUAUGUUCGUACUGGGUUAACUCCAAAAUGGAGCGAAUUGGACGUAAACCAGCACGUUAAUAAAUUGAAAUANAACCAGCACGUUAAUAAUGUGAAAUAUGUCGGAUGGAUUCUUGAGAGUGUUCCAUUGCCUAUCUUGGAGACUCGUGAACUUGCUAGCAUGACUCUCGAGUAUAGGAGGGAAUGUAUGAGGGAUAGUGUGCUGCAAUCCCUUACUUCCGUGGUGAGCAAUGGUGUUGGUGAUUUGGCAAGUUCUGGUAAGGUUGAAUGCCAACAUUUGCUUCGACUGGAGGGUGGGGCUGAAAUUGUCAAGGGGAGGACUGAAUGGAGGCCGAAAUAUAGUAAUAGGAUGGAGAGCUGGGGUGAGCUCCCUGCUGGAAGUGCUUAA